CAGAGCAAGAGAUAGCUACAGCAGUUUCUAGACCUGUAUCCUGCCUCAAUCUCAAUCUAUUGAAUUUGAAGAUUUACCUCAAAAUGUACGGUGGAGAUUAUCAGAUACAAGGAACAAUCUUCCCCGCUCCAAAUUUCAACCCUGUUAUAGAUGCUCAGAUGCUAGGGGGGGCCCUACAGGGAAUAAGUUGUGAAAAGGAUACGUUGAUUGAUAUUCUAACACAGCGUUGCAAUGCACAAAGACUUAUGAUUGCAGAGGCUUACAGAAACAUGUAUGGAAGGGAUUUGAUAACGGACCUGAAAGAGAAUCUUUCUGAACACUUUAAAGAAGUUAUGGUUGGCUUGAUGUACCCGCCUGCAUCCUAUGAUGCCCAUGAGCUCUGGCAUGCCAUGAAGGGGGCAGGCACAGAAGAAAACUGUCUAAUUGAUAUAUUAGCCUCAAGAUCAAAUAUGGAGAUCUUCCAGAUGAAAGAGGCCUACUCAAUGCAGUACAAUAGUGAUCUUCAGCAAGAUAUUUAUUCGGAGACUUCAGGCCAUUUCAGAGACACGCUUAUGAACCUUGCACAGGGAAUUAGAGAGGAUGGGUAUGCGGAUCCUGCCAUGGCUGCUCAGGAUGCAACGGUCCUUUGGGAUGCAUGUCAGCAAAAGACAGGGGAACACAAAAACAUGCUACAAAUGAUCCUGUGCAACAAGAGCUACCAACAGCUGUGGAUGAUUUUUCAGGAGUUCCAGAAUAUCGCUGGACAAGACCUGGUAAAUGCCAUCAAUGAAUGCUAUGAUGGAUACUUUCAAGAACUACUGGCAGCCAUAGUGCUUUGUGUUCGAGAUAAGCCUUCCUACUUUGCUUACAGACUCUACAAUGCAAUCCAUGAAUUUGGUUUCCAUAACAAAACUAUCAUCAGGGUUCUGAUUGCCAGAAGUGAAAUAGAUCUCUUGACUAUAAGACAACGAUACAAAGAGAGAUAUGGAAAAUCACUGUUUCAUGAUCUCAAACAUUUUGCAUCAGGACAUUAUGAAAAAGCUUUACUUGCCAUUUGUGCUGGUGAUACUGAAGAUUAUUAAAGGAAGAAGGAUUCAAGAAAGUCGAGCACAUUUCUCUAGAAGUGUAGGUUCACUCUGUACUAUAUACAAGAAUAGAAAAAUCAAUGCUCUAUAAUUUCUAAUUUUGAAUCUUUUCAAAAACAAGAAAGUAUAUUUUUGGUCAGUAAUAUAUUCUUCUUUCCCUAAGUGCUGAAGAAAUUGUAUUACUUUGACUAAUAUAAAAUUAAUUAAAACAGUCUAAUAGAAAUAAUACCAAAUAAAGCUAUAUACAUUUAUGUAUAUUAUUUAGUUCCUUGACACCCACCCUAAAGCAGUACUUAUAACACAUAAUCAAAUACCAAUAACUAGAUAAUAAAAAUUACCUGUUAAAGAGCCAGUGCACUUUAAAUCUGGGGCAAAACAUUAUUUGUCAUUUACCUUAAUGGAUGUGAUUCUCCUAAUUCAUUUUCCUGCUCUUUUAGACUAUCUUAAUAUCCAACUCUUAUGCCCAACAGUAGAUGUCAAACUCACCCAAGCUCCUGGACCAGAUCUAAACCAAAGAGCUCCUCCUUACCAGCCGAAUCUAGAUGUAAAGAGCCUCAUAGGCUGGAUCUGGACCCAGAAGUUGGGUGACUGGCAGCAACAGCGGAAUGGGGGAUAACAAAUAUAUCACUUAACGCCCCCUCCCCUGCUUUCCAUCAACACACAUCUCUAAUGAGGCUCCAUGGGUAGAAAUUCAGCAUCAGGCCCCAGCCCCUGUUCUUGGCCCUUCUAGCCUGCGGGCUGGAUGAAACAGCUCUGUAGGACAGAUGCAACCCACAAGUGGUAUCUUUUACACCCCUAGACUACAGCUUUACUUUAAAACUGAGCAUCUGCCAUCUGCAGUGUAAAUCACAUAUUCAGCAAAGGUACAUUUUAUAUUGUCUCUCACAUUUGACAAAUGUAAACCAUACUGGAGAACUUAAGUUUUUAAUUUGAAAUAGAAAUAAGAGUUAGAAUUAAGAACCUCACCCUGUUCUUGAUCCAUUCACUUUAAUAUCAAGUGAUUUAUGUCAUGGUACAGCUUUUGGAAAUUGAAUAAACAUAAGUAACUUAAUUA